CGAAAUCAAUUACAAUAGGCUUUUAAUGAAGAAUUUUGCUGAUAAUGACCUAGUUUGGUUGCUUUUCCUUUUCACCGUGCGACAUUCCACUACAAGCACUCAUCAGAAAUUGCAUUGGACACCAUCGAGGACCACGCCCUCAUUUUAUACGUCGCUGGUGCUUCAAACGUUGUUGACAAGCAGAUCCCUGUAAUCUGUCAACGGUCUUUCCAAACCCACCAAUCAGCAACGGCCGUUUGAUUUUAGACGUUUACAGUCAACCAGUGUCGGUUUCAGUGUGGUUGUAAGCGCAAAUUUAGUGAGAUUUCAGCGAAGCCCUGGUUUCCAAGUAGAAAAACGCGCAACGGCCCCAACAUGUCCAGCGAUACCGACCACAUCCCGUCUGUCAUGUACGACAACACCAAAGCAAUCAGCUACAAGAAAGGCCGCUACUUUGGCAAGGGCGGUUUUGCCAAGUGUUACGAAAUAAUCCGAGACAACGACAAACAGUCGUUCGCAGGCAAAAUCAUAUCCAAGAACCUAAUCGUUAAGCAAAACCAGAAGGAGAAAAUGACGCAGGAAAUCCAGAUCCACUCCAGAUUGAACCAUCAGCAUAUCGUGGAGUUUUUCGGCUUCUUCGAGGACCACGACAACAUUUACAUCGUGCUGGAGUUGUGCAAGCGCCGCUCCAUGAUGGAGCUGUACAAAAGACGGCAAGUGAUUACCGAGCCGGAGACGCGCUACUACAUGAACCAGAUUGUUAGCGGCGUCCACUACUUGCACAGUCACCGCAUUAUCCAUCGGGACCUCAAGCUGGGCAAUUUGUUCCUGAACGACAACGUGCAGGUGAAGAUCGGCGACUUUGGCCUGGCCGCCAAGAUCGAGUUUGAUGGCGAGCGCAAGCGAACACUGUGUGGCACUCCCAACUACAUCGCCCCGGAAAUCCUCAGCAAACAGGGCCACUCUUUUGAGGUGGAUAUUUGGUCGCUGGGCUGCAUCAUGUACACCCUCAUGGUGGGACGGCCGCCCUUUGAAACCUCCAGCCUAAAGGAGACCUACGCCAAAAUCAAGAAAUGCGACUAUAAGUUUACCAUUGCGCUAUCGCCCACUGCCAAGCACAUGAUCAUGAUCAUGCUGCAGUCGGACCCGUCUCAGCGUCCGAAAAUCAGCAAGUUGAGCCACCACGAUUUUUUCAAGGGCUACUGUCCGGCCUCGCUGCCCGUCAGCUGUCUCACCAUGGCGCCCCGUUUCGACAAGCUGGAGGUCCCAUCUCCUGGCCAGUACGGCAAAGGAACGGCGUUGAAAGACAUCCAAGGACAACAGGCGACAGCCCACAAAGACAACUCUAUUGCGGUGGGAUUGGCUGGGGUUCCUCAACAUCACAACAGCUUCAGCGACGUGGACAAUCUAAGGGUUAUUCGCAGCCUCAUUGCUAAGUUGAUCAAAAGUUCCCCCCGUAUGCUGCAGUCAAUGACGGAUGAGAUGACGGAUCCAGCGGUGCAGCCCACAGUAUGGGUGUCAAAAUGGGUGGACUACUCGGAUAAGUACGGGUUUGGAUACCAGCUGUCCGAUGACACUGUGGGCGUGAUGUUUAAUGACACCACCCGCCUGAUGAUCCUGUCCAAUGGCAAGAACGUGCAGUAUGUGGACCAGGACGGAUGCGAGGAAUACAUGACGGUGGACGCGUAUCCGAAGACGCUGGAAAAGAAGGUGAAGCUGCUGUCCUACUUCAACCGCUACAUGAGGGAGCAUUUGGUGAAAACUGGAGCGCAAGUGUGUAAAGAGUACGACUCCCUAUCCAGGCAACCGCAUUUGCAUCAGUGGUGCCGCUCAACGUCCGGCGUGCUCAUGCAGCUCAACAACGGCACUAUACAGGUCAACUUUAGAGACCAUACUAAAGUAAUUAUAUGUCCACUAAUGGAGGCGGUGACAUAUGUGGGCGAAGACCGAUCGUUCCUCACCUUCCGAUUUGCCAUGCUCACGAAGCUCGGCUGUCUGAGUAUUCUUUACGAAAAAAUCCGGUACACCUACGACAAGAUCGGGGUGCUUUUAGAAAAGAAAGACUAAUGGCAAUUUUUUAUGAUAUUUUGGCCAUUUUAGAAUGUAUGCGUGGCAACGGUAUCUCUGUUUAAUGUAUUAAAAACGAGUUCUCGUUCAUUGUAUGUGAGACUCUGCGAGUUAUUGUGUUCAAGACAUUUUUAGUUUAUAUUAUUGUUAAUAUUUUACUACUAUUUGUCAUUUGAGCGUCUUUGGGCCAGAUGGGCCCAUUACUAUCUUGUACAUUUUUUUUACUUAAUACAAUUUUACUGCAAAUUGAUGCCAAGGAAA